UAUCAUAGAUAUAAAUAAAAGGAAUUAUAUGAAAGAUAUCUUGUAUUUAUGGAAUGAAACUAAAGCUUCCAAACUAUAACAAAUCGUAGAAUGAGUAUAUAUAAUGGAUACCUCUUGUACAUAAUUGUACAGUCAUUGCUCUUUCUGAACUUGUCUCUCAUUGAUUCAUAAGCAAUAAGCAAUAAGCAAUAAGCAAUAAGCAAUAAUGCCAAUGGAGUUGCCAAAAGAGAAAGUGGUGGUGAUAAUGGCCCCUACGGCUUCCGGAAAGUCUCGACUUUCAGUGGAAGUGGCGAGCCGUUACCCCUCUGAAAUCAUCAACAGUGAUAAAAUCCAAGUCUAUAAAGGACUUGACAUAACCACAAACAAAAUAACGUUGGAGGAACAACUUGGUGUUCCUCAUCAUUUACUUGGCAACAUUGAUUCAGUGAUACAUCCUGAGUUAAGUGCUGCUGAAUUUCGAUCUCGUGCUUCGUCUAUAAUAUCAGAAAUUAGUGGUCGUGGUAACCUACCUAUUGUUGUAGGUGGGUCAAACUCAUUUGUGUAUGCACUUCUGGCUAAUGAAUUUAACAAAGACUUGAAUGUAUUUUCAGAAUCGGGUGCACAAGUCUGUUCUGAGUUGAGGUAUAAUUGUUGCCUCAUUUGGAUUGAUGUUUCAUUGCCAGUGUUAGAUGAAUAUAUUAAGAAGCGGGUUGAUGACAUGAUUGAUUCAGGAGGUCUGAACGAGUUGGCUAAGUUUCACCAGUAUGACAUGCUUCACUUGGAACCUAACGUUGGGCUCACCAAGUCUAUCGGUGUGCCAGAAUUCAAAGAGUAUGUUUCAAGGUACGGAAAUGAGAUGCCUUCAUCGAAGGGGGAUCAAAAGCAGAAGGAUUUAUAUGACAAGGCUGUGAAUUUAAUGAAAGAGAAUACUUGUAAGCUAGCUAAAGCACAAAUGGAAAAGAUCAAGUUUCUCAAACAAAGAGGCUGGGAUAUUAAGAGAUUAGAUGCUACUAAAUCGUUUAUGGCAUUACUCCAAGGAUCCAAGAAUUGGUCAACCAUCUGGGAGACUCAAGUUCUUCAACCCACCCUCAACAUUGUUAACAGCCUUUUGGAGGAGCCAUAGCUAGGCUUUUCAUGCUUUUACUUUAAGGGUUUUUCAUUGCUUUUCCGUUUUUCGUUUUUCCUUUUUCCUUUUUCCUUUUUCCUUUUUCCUUUUUCCUUUUGUUGUUGUUGUUGUUGUUAAGGUGCAAGUUUAGGAUCGGAGACCCUUCAUCCCCCUUAGGCUAAGUUUAUAAUAACUCAUAGGUUGUUCAAUUUCAAUUGUGCAACCUUUUGACAAAAAACAACAAUUCUUGGCAAACUAGAGUGCAUCUGAUCAACAAAUCUUCCAAGCUAGAUAAUUAACUACUCUAUAUUUAUAAUUUGUUUUGCAUUAAUAUAUCAGAUUUCCUAAAGCAUUGACAAUCCCUUCUUUUUUUUCUUUUCUUUUUAACAUAACAUAUGCUAAGCACACUAAACAGUAAUCUCAGGAAAAGGAAAUAUAAGUCGGGGCUACUUUGUUUGCAAGGAUCAUGAUUCAUAUCACUUACCUUGUGAAUACUAUACCAAUUCAUGGUACUGUCCAAGCGUUAUACUUCCUCCAUUUUUUAAUAAUUGAUAUUCAUGUGGGAUCUUGUUAAUUCGUCUCGAAAUAU